UGAAUUUAGUACAAUUUUAAUUUUUGUAGCGAAGCGACCGAUCGUAGCUUUUUUUAAUUUUUGUAGAUAGAUACACAAAAUUUUGUUUCUUUUUCCGGCAGAUUAAAAAAUCUUCUUAUUAUUAUUUGUUUGAUUUAAUUUAAAAUUUUUUUAAAGAGUACAAAAAUAGACUGAAAACAUGGCAACUAAAAUUGAAGGUUAUACUUUGGGUAAAUUAAUUCAAGAGGGUAAAACAAAGCAAGUUUAUGAUCUUCCGGAGCACCCUGGUUUGUGUUUGCUAUUGAGCAAAGAUCGUAUAACUGCUCAGGAUGGUUUGAGAUCGCACGACUUAGUGGGCAAGGCUGAAAUCUCGAAUAAAACAAAUGGAAUGGUUUUCCAGAUAUUAAAUACAUGUGGUCUUAAUACUGCGUAUGUGAAACCAUGUUCGCCUACUUCGUUUAUUGCGAAAAAAUGUGCCAUGAUACCUAUUGAGUGGGUUACCAGACGUCUGGCUACUGGAUCGUUUUUAAAGAGAAAUCCGGGUGUACCUGAAGGUUACAGAUUUGCUCCACCAAAGCAGGAAACCUUCUUCAAAGAUGACGCAAAUCAUGAUCCUCAGUGGUCUGACGAACAGAUCUUAUCAGCUAAAUUGACAUUUAAUGGAGUUCUCAUUGGUCAAGAUGAAAUCGAUAUCAUGCGUAAAAUGAGCAUCAUGGUUUUUGAGGUUUUGGAGAAGGCAUGGGCAACAAGAGAUUGUGCAUUCAUUGACAUGAAGGUCGAAUUUGGUAUUGACGAAGAAGGAAACAUAGUUUUAGCUGACAUCAUCGAUUCAGACUCAUGGCGUUUAUGGCCUGCUGGAGAUAAAAGACUACGCGUCGACAAGGAUGUUUAUCGCCAGCUAACAUCAGUCUCCGACACUGACUUAAAUACAAUUAAAAAGAAUUUCGCCUGGGCUUCGGAACAGCUUGAAGGUAUCAUUCCAAAAAACGAUCAUUUGGUUGUUAUUCUUAUGGGAAGUGCAUCGGAUACAGCUCAUUGUGAAAAAAUUGCCAAAGUCUGUCAAAGUUUGGGAUUAAAUACCGAAUUGAGAGUAACUUCGGCGCAUAAAGGUCCUGAGGAUUCACUGAAAAUAAUGAGAGAUUAUGAAAGUGUCAUAAGUAAAUUAGUAUUUAUUACUGUUGCUGGACGUUCCAAUGGACUGGGACCAGUGCUGUCAGGAAAUACCACAUAUCCUGUCAUCAAUUGUCCUCCAUUGAAGCCAGAGAAUUUCCAAACUGAUGUUUGGUCCAGUUUAAAUGUACCCUCAGGUCUGGGAUGUGCUACAGUUUUGUAUCCUGAAGCAGCUGCAUUGAAUGCAGCACAAAUUUUGGGAUUGAGCAAUUAUAUUAUUUGGGGAAAGUUGCGUUCUAAACAGAUUGACAAUUUAUUAACUUUGAAAAAGGCUGAUAAAGUUGUGCGAGGAGUUCGAGGUGUUAACUUGGAUUAAAUUAGAUUUUUGUUUGGUAAAUAACAUUUUUAAUAAAAAAUAUCAUAUAUAAUAUAUACAAAAAA